CGACACACAAGGGCUAUAGAUUGAGGGGUUGUGUGUGAGGAGCGAGAAUGAGAUGACCAAAGGGGGUUGUGCUUGUUCGAUUACGAGGAAUUCUUUUCAUCCUUUUUUUCCGUCAUUUUUUGGGGUUUAUUGAAGGGAAUGGAAAAAAGGGGGCAGAUCAAAAUCGAUGAGUGGGCCAAUCUGGGUACUGGCCCUGUAAUGUUAACGAGCCAUGUCUGUCCGAUUUUCAGAUCGGAAUGUACAGUUGGAGGGGUAGAAUGGGCGGGAGAUGGAUGAGCAGAGGGGUAAGAACAACAUGGGCAAACCAACUGGCGCUUGGGCUUCGGGCUUGGAGGGGGAGUUUGGAAAUGUAAUGGUAGCCGCUUUCGGCCUACUUGCUUCAAUCAGACACCAUACAGGUUCUUUGUUCGUUUUCGCAACUCGUUUGAACCUUGCCUGUUUCGAAUCGGAAUUCAUGUCAGAGGAGGUCUGGAUACGGCGACGGGACUCGAGUGGUGUGUACCUUGGUACAGGUUCCAAACUCGAUCUCGGAACCAAGAACGGAGUAUUAGAUGCAGACCGGCGACACCUGUAUGGACCGGAGCGCAUCGCAUGGCCCCGAUCGCGACAGAGUGCCGGACGGGACGCGGGAGGUGGCUUGCUCGGAGAUAACACCGGGAGUGUGGUAUUGGCUGUUGCUGAGCCCGUUUUUGCGACGAAUGGACACAGUAAUGCCUGUCGCUGCAUGGGGGGAAACCGAUCCCCCGAGGUGUGUAUCGGUCAAGAUCGAGGUGGUAUCGCAGUUGGAAAGGGGAAAGAGACGAUGAGUCGAAAAGCAAAGAGGUACUUUGGCACUGAAUAUCCAGUGCGGAUUAAGGUAGCAGUCUCUCUGAACAGAGUAUCGCGUUGGAUCAAAACCUGGCAGGUGAGGGCGAUUCUAAUGACCAUAUUCAGUAUAAGGUUGCGAGCUGCAUCUCGUGCAGGCCUUUGAAUGAUGACAAGUCGUUUAUGGAUUGCGGCGCGGGUCCUCAUAGCUGUGUCUGUAGCUGCGGACCGACGGGCUACAACGGGGAUGGGAGGUCGGCGUGGAGGACGGAAAUAGCGGUGAUGCAUGGCGGACCUCGGCGUUGCGUGGGUUCAGGUGGUUGUGUUGCGAUCAGGUCCCCUAUCAGCCCAAUCGGUCCCGAUUCCACGGUUCUACUGACACACACAGCUGUAAGGUAGCUUGGAGUUGCAAGCUGGGUCAGACUUGUUACACCAAACGGCGUGCAGGACGCACGAGUGGACGUCCUGCAAGACUCGACAGGGAGUUCAGAAGCCUGUCAAAAAGCAGGGCCGGCAUCCAGGAAG